AUGUUGCUUUCGAUAAUAUCCAAAAGAUCUGCACCUCUUGGUCGCAGUGCACUAAAGACAUCAAUUACUCAAUCAACACGAUCGUUUUCAUACACUGGUUCCUCAUCCAACUCGGGCUCGUCAUGGAAUGCACAUAGUAAUAGCAAAUCAUAUUCAACUUCAUCAUCAUCAACUUCAAGUGCACAAUCUACAUCAAUACCACCAGCCACAUCCAGCACUGCUUCACUAAAUUAUGACAGCGCAUUAACUACAUUUUCCAACUACAACGUUGGCGUGGCAUAUCAACCAAAGGACAGAAAACCAAGUUCGAAUAUGUUUAAGAGAUCGAGCUCGAGCCCAGCUUUAGAUUCGCCAACUGGAGAAGAUAAUUUGUUUGUUUCUGCACAGGUGCUGGACGGCUCAAUUGCGGUUGGAGUAGCAGACGGUGUUGGAGGCUGGUCCGAAGCGGGCUAUGACUCGUCUGCCAUAUCUAGAGAACUAUGCUCAAGUAUGCGGAGGGGGUUUGAAAGUACCGGGGACGCAAAUACUACUCCAAAGUCGGUGUUGGACAAUGCUUUCAAGAAUGUGUUAGAGUCUGAGUCGGUUGAGAUAGGAGGCACUACUGCAUGUUUAGGAGUUUUCACUCCUGAUUUGAAAUUGCACGUUGCAAACCUCGGAGACUCAUGGUGUGGAUUGUUUAGAGACUACAAACUUGUCAAGGAGACCAACUUUCAAACCCACAAUUUCAACACACCUUACCAGUUGGCCAAAAUCCCUCAACAUAUCUUGACAAAGGCAGCCAUGGAAGGAAGAAGAUACAUCAUUGACGAACCGAAAUUGGCAGAUGAGUAUUCAUGGGACUUGAAAAAGGGGGAUAUAGUUAUGUUUGCUACUGAUGGUGUUACUGAUAACGUUGUACCAAAGGAUAUCGAGAUAUUUUUAAAGGAUCAUUUAGAGGACAAGAAGAGUGCUAAAUUGGACGAUGUUGCAAAAAAGUUUGUGAGUGAAGUGGUCAAAGUAAGUAAGGAUGGUAACUUCCCCAGUGCUUUUGCACAGGAGUUGUCUAGAUUGACUGGUCAAAAAUAUUUGGGUGGUAAAGAGGAUGAUAUAACUGUCGUACUUGUAAAAGUUGUAUAG